GUAGCAGUCCUCCGUUACUGGUUACGACCGCCGGCGAUAGCUGUAAAAGCAGAACGGAAGUACCUCUUCACGUUGUACAAUCAGAACAUACUGGCGAACACCAGAAAUGGAAAAAAAACACCCGGUCAAUUUGGGACAAUGUCUUCAGUCUGUGGACUCUACCGAGAUGUGAUGCCGACGCCGUCACCUUGCAAAUUGCCCAACCAGCGACUUAUUCCCUCCUCCUGUGUUAUAACUGAUCCCUAUUCGCUUGCCCCAAUGUGCAGCGAGUUGAGCAGGUCCUCUAACUUGGCCGGUGAGCGCACUUUCAACAUGAUCAUCAAGGAGCCCAGGUUGGAGUACCGACUUGCGGAAGUUCCCUUGGCAAUGAAAAUCUACUGA